AUGUGUUCACGUCUUCAGAUCCCUCAGUGGUGUGCAGAGUUCUGUCUGUCUGCGCAGUACCAGCACGGUGUGGUGGUGUGCAGUCAGAUCCAGAGACGGCAGGCUGUCGAUUUGGCCCUCCGUGUUGCAGACGAGAUGGACGUAAACAUCGGCCACGAGAUUGGAUACAGCAUCCCGUUGGAGACGUGCUGCUCCAACGAUACUAUUCUCAGGUACUGCACUGAUGACGUCCUGCUGCGGGAGAUGAUGUCCGACCCCAUGCUGGAGCAUUAUGGGGUGGUGGUGAUAGACCAGGCCCACGAGAGGACCGUGAGCACAGAUGUUCUGCUGGGUCUGCUGAGAGAGGUGCUUCUCCAGCGGCCCGAGCUCAGGGUGGUGGUGCUGUCCGCCCCGCCUGCUUCUGACACGCUCCUCACGCACUACGGGAACGUCCCACGCCUGCACCUGGACGCCCCGUGCGCCGGGGAAGUGAUCCACAGCAGCAGCAGCAGCGCUGAAAGCUUCUAUUCGGCUCUGAGACUCGCGCUGGAGGUCCAUCGGUCCAGAGAGCCAGGAGACGUAGCUGUGUUUCUAGCUUCAGAGCAGGAGGUGCUCUGUGCCUGUAAUAUUCUCACUAAAGAAGCGUCCAGGAUGAGUGCAUCUCUGGGAGAGCUUAUCGCGGUUCCCCUGUGUCCUGGAUACUCCGGAAUGUGUCCACCAAUCACAGAAAGCCCACAGACGAGUAGGCGGGUCUUCGUUUCCUGUAGCCAAUCAGAGGAUCUGUUCUGGCCGGUGGACACCGUUACUUUUGUCAUCGAUACUGGAGUAGAAAAGAGAUUAGUGUAUAGCCCACGAGUGAGAGCGAGUUCAGAGGUCAUCCGACCCAUCAGUAAAUGUCAAGCAGAAAUCCGUAAACGACUGACCGGAUCAACAGGGAAGUGCUUCUGUUUGUAUCCUGAGGACGUUCAGCUGCCCGCUGAGAUCCCUCCUCGCAUUCUGGAGUCCAACAUCACGUCCACAGCGCUCUAUCUGAAGAGGAUGGAGACGGCCGGGAUCGGACACUGUGACUUCAUCAGCAGACCUGAUCCCGAGGGCCUCAUGCAGGCGUUGGAGGAGCUCGAUUAUCUCGCUGCUUUGGACAACGAUGGAAACCUGUCUGAGAUGGGCAUCAUCAUGUCAGAGCUUCCUCUGGAUCCGCAGAUGGCGAAGGCUCUGUUAGCGUCCUGCGAGUUUGACUGCGCUAGCGAGAUGCUAACCAUCGCUGCAAUGCUAACAGCACCAAGCUGCUUCAUCGAGCCUCCCGUCGGCAUGGCAACAGAAGUCAUGCGCUGUCAUAUGAAGUUCCAGCAUCCCGAGGGCGACCACUUCACUCUCAUCAACAUCUACAACACCUUCAAACGCAGCCAGAAGGAACCAUAUUUCAGUCAGGAGCAGUGCUCUCGUGUCCCUCAGAUCGCCAGAGAUGUGGACGGUUCGGGGAAUUACUUCAUGCUGCUGAACAAACACGUGGCUCAGGUUCACCGUCUGUCGGGUUACGGAGCAAAAGCUCAUAAACUGGGUCUGCCGGAGUGGGUUCUGUUCCACGAGUACAACCUCUCCGACAACAACUGCAUCCGCACCGUCACACAGAUCUCACCGCAGGCGUUUCUUCAAAUGGCACCGCAGUAUUUUUUCUGUAAUCUGCCACCUAGUGAAAGUAAAGAGAUCCUGCAGCACAUUCUGGACAGCGACGGGACGGGGAAUGCAAGAACAAAACCUCAAGCGGCCGCGCCAGAAACAAAGACAGAGACGGCAGAAGCCGAAUCACAUGACCGAUGCGUCAUACAGUGACCUCAUCGAAUCAU